AUUUUAAGACAAGAUCUCAGCAUCCUGAGACGUUUAUCUCGAUGGAUGAGUUCACUGGACCAAUGAUAUAGACACAAAAGUAUAUUUAAAUAAAAAUAAGUGGAUGUUUAUCCUCGAGAGUAAUUUGUUUAUCCAAGAAAGAGCCGGAUAAUUAAGCUUGACCAUUAACAAAUCCACCGGCACUUAGAUCGAAUAAACGCCAGAAGCAUAUCGGAAAUACCUGUUGGCCUCAUGAAUGAAGAUAAAUGGUUGUAAAUAUAGACAGAUAUAUGUAGUAUACAUCAAGCUAUACAGAUAUACACUCUUUGGAGCAUGUCGUGCAGGAAAACAAUAAUCCAAAUAUUAGCUUUGGCAAAAAAGCUAGUCGCUAACUCGGUUUCUAUUGAUCCGCAUCAUUAGCAAGUUUUUCUGCUGCAAUGUGUCAAGUUAACGAUAUGUCCAACAGUUGAUGCCUGAUUAUACGUUAGUGGAAAAGCUUGUACACGAAGGUAUAAAUUGUUCUUCGAGCGUCAAGUUCAGGGCCAGUUACAGUAACCUUGUGAUGUGAUGCGUUAUUACUUUGGCUGCAGAUACACUGACACUACAAUAUAAAUAUACCCGAGCAUUAAUAUAUAUAAGUAAAUAGAAAAUGCUAGCGCAAAUGAAGGUUGACCCGGCACUAAGAUUGGAGGGAAAGCGAGCGAAGGAGCUGAUGUCAUCUUCGAGUCUUUCCGGGAUGUCACAAAUGUCAAACAGCAGUGAGGAAGCGAUGGAGCCCUUUAUCCACGAGACGUCCCACAACAACAAGUCGGACACCAGUGAAAGUACGCCUAAAGAGAACAGUGCGAGAGGUAAUGAAUGGCUAAUUAAUGGACCAGCUGGUAGUAAAUCGCCCAUACUACGAUUCAAGUGUUCUGCAUUGGCGACUCCUCCAGAAGAUCCACCUGCUAAGCAAUUACACAUGACUUAUAAAAUUAUCCAAGCAGAUACGAAACUAAUAAGUCUGCUGCUUCAAUCGCAUGGUCUGACGGAAGUAUCCGUCAAUGAUACAGACUUCAAUCUCUUGUGGAUGGGCAAUCAUCCGAAGCCGGACGUAUUGAGAAACUUGGCGCCAUUCCAGAAGGUUAAUCACUUCCCGAGGUCUUAUGAAAUAACUCGGAAAGAUCGGCUGUACAAGAAUAUCGAAGCGAUGCAGAGAAGCAAGGGCUUGAGGAAUCUCGAUUUUAUCCCUCAAACAUUUCUCCUGCCCAGCGAGUACAGAGAGUUAUUAACAGCGCACUUUAGAUAUCGUGGUCCGUGGAUUGUUAAACCUAAAGCCAGUUCUCGGGGCCGUGGCAUAUACAUAGUAAACAGCCCGGAAAAAAUAUUUACGGAAGAAUCAGUAAUUGUGGCGCAAUACAUAAACAAUCCACUUUUAGUCGACGGGCAUAAAUGUGAUUUACGUUUAUACAUUGCAGUAACAAAUUACGAUCCAUUAUUAAUUUAUUUGUACGAGGAAGGACUAGUUAGAUUUGCAACUGUUAAAUACGAGGGAGGAAAUCAGUAUGUCUGGAAUCCGUGUAUGCAUUUAUGCAAUUAUAGUAUAAAUAAAUUUCACGUUGAUUAUAUAAAAAGCGAAGAUCCUGAUGCUGAAGAUGUCGGUCAUAAGUGGACACUGUCAGCGUUGUUGAGACACCUGAGAUCGAUGGGACAAGAUACUGAAUUACUUAUGCAACGCAUUGAGGAUAUAAUCAUUAAAUCGAUUUUAGCUACAGCCUCGGGUAUUGUCAGCGGUAUAAAACAAUUUGUUAAGCAUCCAGAUACAUGCUUCGAAUUGUUUGGGUUUGACAUACUAAUUGACGACACACUCAAGCCCUGGCUUCUCGAAGUUAAUUUGACGCCAUCACUAGGCUGUGAUUCUCCGCUAGAUGUUAGGCUUAAAUCAGCGCUAAUGGCUGAUCUGUUAACGCUCGUUGGUAUUCCAGCAGUCGAUCCUAUUUUACGUCCGCAAAAUACGCAACAGAAUCGAUCACUUGGCAACGCUACCAAGCGAUUAGCUAGUUACAGGCGAGUGCAUUCUGCAGAGACAUUGGCGCAAAAAAAGAAAACCAACAAGCUGUCAAAUCGCUCGAAUCUCACGUCAGAGCAAUUGAGAAUUGUCGCAUCUGCAAAAGCACAAUUUGAACGAAGAGGGGGAUUUGUACGUAUUUUUCCUAGUCCAAAGUCAUGGGAAAUGUAUUCGCAAUAUUUAGAUCCAUCUACUGGGAUUCCCGUGGUAUCCGAUCCUCUAGGGCCCAGCAGAGUGCCUCAGCAGGUCAAUACAAAUCACAAUCUCAUGCUUCAUGAACAAUUAUUUCCAGCUGCUAGUCGUACAUCCGGCUUCUCUGUGCCAGAAGUAACAUUAGAUCGGCUAUCGAGGUAUGAAAGAUAUGAGCGGGCAUUAGUCAAAGGACAUAAACAAAGCUUAGAUCGCGGGGAUAGCAAAGAAAAUAUCGACGUUGACACGCAGAAGUACAAGGAUCAAGUUACUCAGAUGAUGCAAGAGGGUAAUAAGCUUAGUCCCGGCGAGGCACGAAAGGCCUUCGGCUUGUAUUUAGGAUGUAUUCUUCGCAAAAUUUCGCAAGCGAGUGCAGACUCAGUAAGCUGUGACCUUGUGAUGAAGUUCCUGCAGCAAUCGUCAAGCAAUUUACGCACGCCUUUUGUAUUUACUUUACCAAGCAAUAAAUUGAGUGACAAAGAUCGUGCAGCAAUAACAGCUAAGCAGUUGUCAGAUUUUCUACAUCUUUAUAAUCGAGAAACAGAUUUAUACGCUGAUACCGUUGAUCGACCACGUACUGUACCUAACCGAUUAUUUCAAAAAUUUCUCGCCACAGCUAGGGAAGAAGAUCUUGAUGACGUGUUGAUACUUCAAACACGCCUCUACAAUUGUGCCCACAGUUUUCUUGGUCGUAGUGGCUUUGCGGGUAAUUUACGAGGAAACAACCUUUUAGGAUCGCUACCACAGAUUACAUCAAGAGUGCACUCUAAUGCCGCGUCGUUUGAGCAAUGCAAGUGCACUCAACCUAACAGACCAAGCAAAGCUCCAAGAACGUGAACGGCUGUGUAUUUAAUAUUUAUUAAGUAUCAUUCACUAUUGUCAAAUUUACUAUUCUGUAAGGUAUUUAUGGCGGCAUAAGUUAGGGAAUUUAAUAUCAGUUGGGUAAUUUAAUUGCCAGCCGUCCGGUUUUAUUAGACAAUAGGUUGUUUUAUUUAUUAAAUUUUCUCAUCAACAAUAACGGUGAGAUUAAUCGAUACUUAUGAGCGGCCUAAGUCGUUCCUAUUUAUGGAGACAAAUCGACAAUCGUGCUAAUUUUCAUGUCAUGUCUAAUUAUAUUGCUUACGUGAUUUUAUUUUUAGAUCUGAAUUUUUUAAGUCAUUUUUUUUAUAUUGGUCAAUUUUUACGAUGGUGCUAGUCCGGUUAAUUUUUAAAUUUAUUAUUGUUAUUUUUAUUUCUAAGCAUAUAUUAUUUAAAGUGCAUCCUAUUUAAAACCGCAUGCACUAAAAAUUUAGCUUGUCAUUAAAUUAAUUAAUAUAUUUUAUUGAACGUGUGUGGCUUUCAUUUAAGCGAUUUUUUUUGGCAACUUCAGUUCAAUAAUUAAAUAUCUAUAGUGAUGAUGAUGAUAGUAGUUAGUCUUAUUUUCAUAUUUACUUAUACUGAUAAUAUAUCUAUCUAAAUAUUUAAUCUUUUUAUAUCUAGUCAGGAAAGAAGUAUAAACAAAUAAUUUCAAAUUAAUACGUAUGGUUGAACAAUUUAAAAGUUGUUGGCUAGUUUGAAAAUAUUUUUUGAGCAGGCUCAGUAAUUCUAUUAAUAAAUAUAAUAACAAUAAAAUACAAAUUAUAUUGAUGAUGCAUUUUUCGCAUAAUUCAGAAAUUAUAAGUUAUUUAAAUAUAUAUUGAAUGCUAGUUGAUAUUUUUCGAGUACAAUAUAAAAUAAAUGCACAAAAUUGAAUGGCCUGAAUGAAAUAUGUGAAGAUAUUUUUUUUUUCACGCAUUAUUUUUAUAGAACAAAAGUUUAGGUAUAAUGAUUAGAAAAAAUAAUUAUGAUUAUUGAUUUUUUUUUUAAUUGUAUCCAUCCAAUAAAUUCCGUCUGCAUGUUGCUUACUAUUUAUAUUACGAAAUUAUUUUAUCAUUUAAAGUUCAUUGUCGUUUAAAUGCAUGAGCUGUGAUAAAAAUGAUUUAUUUUGUAUCGAUGGUUAUUUUUUUUUUUUAUAAAUUUAUCUUAAAAAGUUAAAUUGCAUCAAAGAAUUUGAUAAAAAUUUUAAUAUAUAUUUAUUAUUAAUACAUGAAAAAAUACUUUAUUAUUUAAUUUAUGGAAUUUUUAAUUGUGUUUUAUUUGAGUUUAAUAUUGUUUUGAUUAUUUAUGUUGCUUUAAUAAUGUGUUAUAGUUUUUGCAACAAAUGUUCGAUUGAUUGAAAGUUCGCACAAUAUAAUUGUAUGGAUUGUGAAUGCUUAGAGUGACUAUAUAUUAUAAAAUAAAAUGAAUUGAAAAGAACAA